AAUGUCGCUGAACGUAGUGAGUGUAUCACCUCGACUACCGAUAAUGAAACUGUCAAGUAACGGUGUAACUGGAGCCCAUAACGACAAAACGAUGGCCGGGCUGACAUGGCGGCGGCAGUAGAAUCGAAGCGAAAAACCUUGUUUCGCAACAAAGCGGCAGCUACGAAUGUGAUAUACGUCAGCGGCAUCCCACUUAGCAAGGACAUCAUGGACGACCCGAGCAACAACGACGCCCCCGUGGAGGAGCACGAAGCGUUCUUAGAUGCUAGAGAGAUGUUUCAAAAGUAUGACCGCGACAAGUCUGGUGGCAUCGACUUGGACGAGUUCAAGAUCCUGCUCAAGGAUCUCAACUUGGCCGUCCCCGAUGGGAAAGCGGUCGUGUACUUUCGCAAAUGUGACAUCGCGCAAAAGGGCUUCAUCACGUUUGACGAGUUCCGCGUCGCGCUGUUCACGUGCGACCCGUCGAAUCCAGCGCGGACGGGCGGCUUUUGUCCGGGGAAGGCGCUGACCCCCAAGGAUAUUUUCACGCUGUUCGACGCCGACGACUCGGGGGAGAUGGGCCGCGACGAGUUUGAGCGGGUAUUGGCGUUCCUGUCAAUCAAAAUGGCGCUCGACAAGAUGGAGGACCUCUUUUCCGUAUACGAAAACCCCGACUCGGAAGCGCUCGAUUACAAAUCGUUUCGAACGAUUUGGCUCACCUUGGUGGACGUGCGAAAGGAACUGACGCAUCGCAACAUUCCGUACAACAAACUAUUGCCAAAGUCGGUGCUGGCCAAAAAGUUGGAAGCAAUUCUGGACAAGGAAGACGCCCAAGAGCAGUAUACGAUAGACGAGGCCAAGUGGAACAUUGAGUGGGAGCGCAUCCGCCGCGAGAGGGAAGCCCUCGUGCACACCGCCAAGCGAUUCGCCAACUAUGUCUUAGGCGACACAUUGGACGCCGCCGGUCAAGUGUACGUGUUUGGGUGCGGUUCGUUCAAUCGAUUCGACGGCGCGCCCGCCACCAAAGACUUUGUCGAGUGUCCGCACUUUGAGAAAUUGCUGGGACUGUGGACCACACGCUUGCGCGGGGCGGACGACUGGAGUCCCGUCGUUGCGCCGCAAGUUACUCACAAAUCGGCCGGGUGGGAGUCUGCGGCCAAGAAGCACGAGCAACUCGUCCGUGCACAACAAGCGGCCGUCGCGGCCAAAACCCUCGACGUGAUUGAAACCCAGCAACUGUCGUUUCAAAAUCGACUGGUAGCUGUCAACACGGCGUGGCUGUGGGGCCGCCGCAUCAAACAUGUGAGCUGCGGCACGUCCGUGGCGUACGCGCUGACAGACUCGGGCGAAGUGUACUGCUGGGGGGGGUCCCAGCGCCGAUGGAAUUAUGUAUACACGCCAAACGACGAAGUGUUACCGAUGACCAACCGGCCGUUCACAGCGCGGACGGAGCAGCUCAAGCUCGUCGCGCCAUCGCAAGUUCGAAGCGAUGCGCAGGCCAUCGAUCAAAGCUACGUCCGCAACAUGUUUCGGAAUAACGCGCCCCCGUCCCCCAUCGUCGUAUCGCCAGAGGUCCAACGUCAGGGGGCGGGGGCGAUUGUCGAGUAUUUCAACUUGGGCCAGACGAUGCCACCGGACGUACGCGCCGGGCUAGCCUUGGACAAAUUGCAAGAAAUCAUCGAGUUCGACUUGAGCGCCGACUUGGCCGCCAACGCAAUGCGGCUCCGAGGGCUGGCCGUCCACACCGCCGGCAAACAAGUGAUCGUCGACGACUUGUCCAAAGCGCUGCUGCUUGAAAUUGAAUGCAUGGGGGGGCCCUUCCACGACCGCAUGAAGCGUUUGGAUGCAAAGUACCGCCAAGCGCUGCACACCAACAACGCCAAACUUGUGACCGAAUUGCUCAAACGAGGGGCCACAACGUGGCGGGGCUUGCGCAAGCUGUACCACGCCCUGGACGAAGAAGUCGCGGCGGGGGUCCAAGCCAAGCAGGACAACUGGGACGCCAAGCGCGACGAGAUCCGCCGGUUGCGGCUAAAGCAAGACCGCAUUGGCCGCGAAAACGCCGAAUCAUCCGCAACUAAAUCGGCCGCCCAAACCAUCGACGUCAGUGGGUUGACCAGUCGGGGCCCGUCUCAAAAGCAAUUUCAAGGCGGACACGCCUUGAACGAGAUCUCUGUCGGCGCCAAGCACGCCCUGGCGAUCCACGCUUCGGGAAAAGUGUACGGCUGGGGCUUUGGGUCGUUUGGACGCCUGGGCAACGGCACCCACGCCGACAUGCCGAUUCCACAACCCAUGACGCAGCUGCAAAAUAUGCGCUUUCGCGCGGUGGCCGCGGGAUACUCGCACAGCUUAGCCUUGCGCAGCGAUGGCCAAGUGUUUGCGUGGGGGUCGGCUGCGACGGGCAAGUUGGGGCUCGAGCCAGACAACCCCUCCAUCCCCCUUCGACCUAACACCACCCCCGUCGGCCAUCGGCAAGCUUCCAACCACCAGGUAUCCGUCCAGAGCUCUUCAAAUGCCGGCGCGCUAGACAUUUCCGAUUGCUUUACGAUCAUGCCAUUGCCCCUUUCAAUUCCUGCUUCGGUGAAGAAAAUUGCGUGCGGCCCGUCGCAUUCAGCGGCCAUCACGACUGACGGGGCGUUGUUUGUAUGGGGAAGCGGCGAUGGGGGGCGAUUGGGGCUUGGGGAUGGCCGCUUUGUUGACACGGACAACGAGUUGAAAGGGGGACGACUGGGGGUUCUCACCACCCCCACACCCGUGACAAGCUUGAAAGAGCAUUUCCUGGUCGACGUGAGCUGCGGAGUUUCGCACACAGCUGUUCUCAGCGCCGUGGAAACAGACACAGCCAACGGAGCCAAAGGCGGGGUGGUGUACGUGUGCGGGAGCGCGCACUCGUUGGGGAAAUUCUGCCCCGCCUUUGUGGCCCUGCCACAACUCCAGGGCGUGCCAGUGUCCAACGUCAGCUGCGGCAAUGCCCACACUGCGGCCGUGAGUGUCGACGGCGAAGUGUACACAUGGGGCAACAACACGGGCGGAUGCACCGGUCACACGCUGGUCCAGCGGUUUGUCAAAGUGCCCACGAGGCUGCCUUGUAUGUAUCAAAUGCCUCAAAACAUGGCCCGCAACCCCCACUACAACGUCGUGGCGGUGCAAAGUAGUGUCAACUCUGGGUAUUCGGCUGCGAUGGCGUUGGACGGUGUCACAGACGGCCAGUUUGAAAGCACUUGUGCCCAAACGUUUAACGAAAUGUGUCCAUUUUGGCAGGUGGACUUGGGGGUGAACUGUCGACUCGACACGAUUCGCAUCUGGAACCGCACGGGGAACGACGGGCUUCGCUUGUUUCCGCUAGUUGUCAUGGUUAGCGAGUCGCCGUACGAAGCUGAGGGCGGUAAGUUCAUGCUCCGGACAUGCAAAGCCCAAAGUGUGUGGACAAAAUUCAGCGCCGACUGCGCGGCCCAGAAUCCGCUCGUGUGGCGCGUGCCUCAAAGCACAUUGGGUCGAUACGUUCGGCUGCAAUUGGACGCAACCAACCUGUUGAGUCUUGCGCAAGUGGAAGUGCUCGGAGUGGAAGAUUAUAAAUGCAUCGGGCCCAAGGGCGCAUCUGUGGCCUGUGGCGACGACGUGACGAUGGUCGUGUGCCGACCCAGCGUCUUGCAAUCGGAUAUUGACACCAAGUUCCUACGUGCGCUCUGUGCCGACAUCGACCACCUACACGUGUUAAAUGAGUACCAUACCUUUGCGCCGUGUAUCCACAAGUUUACCGACCUGCGGCCGCACCUGACGUCGUGUCUGCUCUGUACUGCCCAACACACCUGCCCGAUUUGUAUUUUGUUCCAGCAGAUUCCGGCCAGCGCUGUCCCCCCCGACAUCCGAACUACCACGUCGUUGGACAAAUUCAGCACGUUUUUGCUCUCCCAUCGCCCCCCGCGGGCAUUUGAAGGGUCGGCCGCGGCCGCGACGAUGACGGACGACGAGACUCGAUUGCUUCAGAUUGCCGUCGACGACGAAAAGCCCGAAUCGGAGCUGACCAAAGCAGGGGACAUGAUAUUUUCGACCGUGCACAAAGGUAUGUAGUUAGGCAACGUAUGCUAUGUCAAGCCAGAUUUGCUAGUACUAGUACCAUUACUACUACUACUACAGUACUAGCGGUCACGUCGACAGCGCAAAAGGUGCAGCCGAACCCAACCAUUCAACCGAUCCACGCCGCCGCCGCCGACAACAUCCAGAAAUUCCAAGACCAAGCGCGGCCCAUGUCGCAGUCGUUCCUUCGUAAAGCCAUGGCCUCGUCCAAGGAAACGUGGCAAAAGUACACGUCUGGGAAACCCAAGGACAAGGCGACAGGGAACGAGGUCAUUCGAGUGCAACCCAAGGAAGUACUGCCACCUGACGACACGGGCCAGUCCCCUCCACUCCCUCAGGAUGCAAGCGCGAGAGGUGGCGGCGACGGGGCUCCGUAAACAGAAGUACCCACGCCGUCCAGAUUGUUUACCAAACGCAGUGGUAAUCACACCCACGUUAAUUAUGCUUGUGCAAUUUGCCGU